ACGGGCAAAGCCAGGGAUUGAACCCACAUCCUCAUGGAUACUCAUCUCGUUCUUAACCUGCUGAGCCACAAUGGGGACUCCAGUUCUCACAAUCUCGAGAGCAGUGGCUUUCUGUUUGAUAGCAAAGAAACGGAUGCUCACGAGGUAAAGCAGCUGGUGGAAAAAGCGGUGUUGCAUGAGGGCAGGUUCCGUAGUGUGUCCACCCCGCCCCACCCAGCGCAACGUCUGGCCAGUGAGUGUUGAAGCAGCAUCUGUUGGAUGAACUGGUGGGAGCCACACAACCUCGGGUUAGUCUAAGACUCUUCUGUAAAAUGAAGCUGGGACUUCCCUUCCUCCCAGGGCUGCUUUGAGGAGCUAAGGACUUGGGUAACUGCUUAGCCCUGGGCUGGGCCCGCUGUGGGUAUUAAUUUCCUUUCUGUGCUUCCACUAAGCGCAGCAGGGUCUCUACUAAGAGGUGGACCUUUGUGCCCGACUCAGUGACCACCUGCAGGGAACCUCCAGGGGGCCUCCCUCUCGAGCUGGCAGCAAAGGGCUCCCUGGGGACCUGGAGACCAAAGGAUGGGCAGGAGGCAACACGUGGUCCCAGAUGGCUGUCCGAGUUCCUCAGAGGUCAAUAAAAGUCAUCCUCACUCCUGGGCACCGAGCCAGGACCGGCUGGACCUUCCCCCGCAUCAUCUCAUCGAAUCUUCACUGCAAACGGCGGGCACCACGCUGCUCUCAUGGUCCAGGAGGCUGGGCCUCAGAGGGGCCCCACAGCCGAGCAGUGAGAGCCAGGAUUCAGACCUUGUCUGUCAAACGGGAGCCCAGACUCCUCUGUGUUUACCUCAGAUGCCCCGGGCCUGGCGCAGGCUCUGCACAGAGCAGGAGCAUAGGAAGUGAGCCUUGGGCAGGACGGAACCCAAUAAGGCUCUUGGAGGAAAUAGAAAGAUCCUGUUUCCUGUUGGACACAGAGCCCUGAGGCCAACUCCUAGAGCAAGGCCUGGCUCAUAAUGAUAUUUAAGCCAGGUCUGUGGAUCAGUGAAUGGCGAACAUUUAAAAUAUUCUUGGCCAGAAUUUACACUGUGGCCCCAGAUCCAUGCUUGCAUUAGGAGUUGUAUACAAUGUUCCCAUCUUAUUCCUGCUGCAUUUUUCCAUGCAAAAGACUCUACCCAUGUCUGAAGGAUGCUUGUCCCACUCAUCCCACUAAUUAGAGGCUCCUUUGGGCUCCGCUACUGGUAAGAGAUGGGGAAACCUGUAGUAAGCGCCGACUGUGUGCUUUAACGUAAACUAGCCCAUCUCAUUUCCACCAUAGCCCUACGGGCAGGGCUGAAUGGCCCACCAGACAGAUGAGUCAGACCAAGACCUGGAGGAGUUGGGUGACUUGGUUCAAGGUCACCUGACAAGUUAGAGGCUGACCAGGGAUGGAUCCCAGAUCUGCCAUCCCCCCAAACUCAUCCCCUUUUUCUACCACCAAAUUCCCUCCCAGCCCUAAGGUGCUUCUCUUCCCCAUCCAGUGUGGCCAGUGUAGAUCUCAGAAGUGUCAACCUGGUGACACCAGAUCCGUCACCUUAGGGAGGAGUGAAGGAAGCACCUGCGGAUCAGCUUACUAAUUCGAGGGGCCGAUGAAUUAUUCACACCACCAUUAACUUGGAGGCCCUUUCAGCCUCACCUCUCCUUCUCCUGCUCCAGCCCUUCAGGUCCUGGCCUGCCCCCAGCACAACAGACGUGCCGGGGACCCGGUGAGGAGAUGCUGGCAGAGCUGAGGUUCUGUCUGCUGCUGGGAGUGGCACUGCUGGGCCCAGGCCCCAGGGCCCAGGCCAUGAAAGGUAGGAGCUGCUGGGGACAGGCAGCAACUGGGAGGAGGGCAGAGGAGUAGCAGGUGACAAUGCGGUCUCAGGAGGUUUCUAUGUGGGAGGCCAAGAGGCAGGCAGCUCUUUUGGGGUGAGUCGGCUCAGCUGAAUUGCUUCUGAGAUGAGGAAAAACUAUACUUGUUGAGUGCCUGCUAUGUGCUUUACAUGUAUGAAUGCAUUUACUCUUCACAACCAAACUUCAGGGUGGGUAUUAGCCUCCCAUUUUACAGAUGAGGAAACUGAGGCAGAGAGCGAUUAAGUAACCUGUCUAUGUCUGCGUGGUUACUGUGAGAGCAAAGGGAAUGGCUCAGAGAACUAUUAAAGGUUAUUGCUGGAAGGAGUCUUUACUGCCCUCCUGAGAGCCUGCUGUACUUCCUUACUGCCAGCCAAGUGAAAUCAAAGUUUCUUAUGAAGGCAUUCAAUGCCCUCCCAGGUUUGGCUCCAAUCUUUAAUAUCCAGCCUUGGUUCCCAGCGUCCCUUGGGCACCCCAUGCUCUGGCAAAGGAUCACGCCUUCUUCUAGAGAUGCUUCACCCUCAAGGUUUUCCACCUCCUUUGCCCUCAGCCUGGGAGGUCCCUUUUCUGUUUUUCCACCUGAGAACUUCUGGCUCAUCCGUCAAGCUCAGGUCCAAUACCACCUCCUCCAGGAAGCCUUCCACAUCCCUAGUCAGCCUCAGAUGCUCCGUCCUUGGAGCUUUUCUUUUCUUUUAAAGGGCUGCACCCAAGGCAUAUGGAAGUUUCUAGGCUAGGGGUCGAAUCAGAGCUGUAGCUACCAGCCUACCUACAGCACAGCCAUGGCAACACCAAAGCUGAGCCGCAUCUCUGACCUACACCACAGCUCACGGCAACACUGGAUCCCCAACCCACUGAGCAAGGCCAGAGAUCAAACCUGCAUCCUCAUGGAUACUAUUCCAGUUCUUAAUCCAGUUAGCCACCAAGGGAGCUCUUUGAUAGUUUCUUUACCUUCUGGUGUGACAAGAUGUCCCAAGUGUAUUUUGUGUAUUUCCUGCCCUAGACCAUUCCUCCAAGGAGCCCUGGUUCAUUUUAGUUGGACAUAAUAAUCCUAAUCUAAGGCCAGGGAUGCAAAACACGACUGGAAUAUCAUUGCUUUUAGGCUUCUUAGGGAACAAAGCCAGGAUAUUAACAUUUUUGGAGAUAAAAAUAGAUCUUAAAUUCAUACCAAUGUUUUCAAUUCAAAUUAAGGGUCACAAAGUGUUCUACUUAGUUUUUUAAUUUCAAUUUGUAUCACUCUUCUCUUACACUGAAAAUCUUCGUUUCUAUUGACAUUAACAUAAAUCCUCCAUUCAAAUGUAUAAGAUAUUGUAAAAUAACAGUAUUUCCUAUUACUACUAAUAGUAAGUCUAUUGCAUGUUGUUUAAUAUUUCUUGGUGGUUCAUUUUGUCCUUGGGCAUUCCACUAGGAACAUACAUUCAAAAUCAUGUUUUAACAUAAUGUGAAAUUAUUUUUCCCCAUGUGAAUGUGCCUCCAACUUGACAUAGAGUUAAGCUUAUUUGUUUUAGUUUGGCAUUUUUAGGGAUUACUUAACCUUUUUUUAUAAUUUAUAAACUGUACGAAAAAUUGCUCAUGAUUAAAAAGUCAAAAGGGUGAAAUAUGUUGCAUUUAAUAGCAGUCAUGUCUGUUUCCUCCUGUCUGCUUACUUCUUCUCAGGACAGAGAACCAUUUUUAUUAGUUUCCUUCCAUUGUUUUCUUUUUCAAAACAUAAGCAAAUAUGAACAUAUAAGAAUGUACUUUUAACUUUGUAAUAGAUUGUGCACAUUUUCACUCAGGAUGGGGGGGGUAUUAUUGUUUUUGAUUUUUGAAUUCCCUAAUGCCCAGCAUAUAGUACUAUUUUAUCUAAAAUGAUAGGCCCACCUGACAUGUCCUGUUUCCUUUCCCUGCUUUAUUUUCCCCCAGAGCACUUAUCACUAGUUAAGAUGCUUUAUAUUUUCCUUAUUAUAUUUACUGUCUGUCUUCCCUACCGGGAUUUUUGUCUGUUGAUUCUUGCACCUAGAACAAUGCCUAGCACUCAAACUCUUUCUUGAAUGAAUGCCUGCUAAGUAUUUGAAGACUAAGUAAAUGAAUGAACAAAUACAUGAAUAAGUGAAUUAAUUAAGGGCUAUGGCUUCAUCUCAAAGACGUUGCUUUGUAGCUUGGCCACCACCCACCCAAGACCCCAGUGCUGACUCUGAGCCAUUCUUCCCUUCUGCCCCAGGUGUCAAAUGUGGGGGUGUGCUCUCAGCACCUUCUGGAAACUUCUCCAGCCCUAACUUCCCCAGGCUCUACCCCUACAACACGGAGUGUAGUUGGCUGAUUGUGGUGGCUGAGGGCUCCUCUGUGCUGCUCACCUUCCACGCCUUCGACCUGGAGUACCAUGAUACCUGCAGCUUCGACUUCCUGGAGAUCUACAACGGGGCCUCCGGAGAUCAGGGCAACCUGCUGGGGAGGUUCUGUGGCCAGGUGCCCCCGCCACCCUUCACCUCCUCCUGGCACGUCAUGUCUGUGGUCUUCCACUCAGACAAGCACGUGGCCAGCCGCGGCUUUUCCGCGGGCUACCAGAAAGAUGUGUGUGGUGGUGUCCUGACGGGCCUGUCGGGGGUCCUCACCAGCCCUGAGUACCCCAACAACUACCCCAACAACGUGGAGUGUCGCUGGGUGAUCCGGGCGGCCGGCCCCGCCACCGUCAAGCUGGUGUUCGCGGACUUCCAGGUGGAGGGCAGCGAGCAGUGCACCUAUGACUACGUGGCGGUGCUCGAGGGGCCUGGCCCCGCUCAUGGGCACCACUACUGUGGCAGCGCCAGGCCCUCCACGCUUGUGUCCCUGGGCCACGAGCUGCAGGUGGUCUUCAAGUCUGACUUUAACAUUGGAGGCCGGGGCUUCAAGGCGUACUACUUCUCAGGAGAAUGCCAGGAAGUGUACACAGCCGUGCGGGGCAACUUCUCCAGCCCCCAGUACCCCAGCUCCUACCCUAACAACAUCCGGUGCCACUGGACCAUCCGCCUGCCUCCUGGCUACCGGGUCAAGGUGUUCUUCCUGGACCUGGACCUGGAGGGACCCAACAGCCUGACCAGGACCUGUGACUUUGACUACCUGGCGGCCUUUGAUGGAGCCAGUGAGGAGGCGCCCCUGCUGGGGAAUUGGUGUGGCCACCACCUGCCACCCCCGGUCACCUCGAGCCACAACCAGCUCCUGCUUCUGCUGCACACGGACCGCAGCACCACCCGCAGGGGCUUCUCUGUGGCCUACCUGGGAGUGGUGCCCAUGAACGUGACCUGCUCCCGCACGGACUUCCAGAUCCUGAUAUCUGCGCAGGCACUGGCCCCACUAGAACGGACCAAAGUCUACCUGGGCAGCCGGAGCUGCGCCGCCCAGGAAGUCGGCAGCAACUUCCGGAUCCAGGCCCGCUUUGACACCUGCGGCACUGAGUCUCAGAGAAGAAACAACACUGCGGUGAUCGUCAGUGUGCUGUACAUCGACUUCUCGGCUGGUGGGCGGGAGGACGUCCACGAGUAUGAAGUCCGCUGUGAGCCACGGCGCAAAGAGGCCUCUGUCCACCUGCUGUCCGGCUCCAACUGGCUUGGGCCCUAUGCUGCCACGGCUGAGCACCUUCAGGAAGCACCACCCAGGGAUGAGGCAGAGCCGCUGGAGAGCCCUGUGGCCAUGGUGGCCCAGGACACCAGUGACAUUGUCUUCCUGGGCCUUUGCAUCCUGGCUGGAGUCCUCAUGGUCAUUGCCAUCGUGGUCCUGAUGCUGCUGUAAGCAGAGGCGGGUAGGGACCUGGCA